GUGAUGAGAUAAAUAUUGCGGUAUUAAUGGAGUAAAAAUGAGUAUUUGGUCUCCAGCAGGCCGACACGAGGGUUAUUUUCGGUUCGCAAUGCGGACUACAUGACAUGGCGGCUCGACAUCCAGGGCGCUCUUCGCGUUUUCCUUUUUGAGAAAGUGCUCAGAGUUUUGGAAAUAGAGGAGGAGGGUGAACCAAACUGAGCCGGGGUUGAAGGGUCUUGGGGGCAGCAUCACUUUCGAAAGUUUGUCUCGGUAAUUUCCUGGAGUCUCCAAACCACCGACCGCUCUGGUUUGUUUACAUUGUGUGGCCCAGGCGUGUAUGCGUUGUAUCAGCCAUUUACGAGACAACGCGCUCCAGCUCUGUUGGCUGGUGUUUAGAGACCCGGUUUAGUAAAUAGAAUGUUACCGAGCCGGGUUGGAUCGGCACCAUCUGGAAACGGGUCAGCGUCAGGCAGAGGUACCACAGGACACGGUUCGGGGGUUGUCGGGAUCCGUCCCGUUUUAGUCAGAACAGGGCAAGCUUUACCGGGGGUCAGCGAGAGUGCCGGUGCUGCCGGGCGACAGGGGGAAAGAGACGCCGUCGGGAUGCUGGGGGCUAAUGGUCCAGGGGGUCCGAGAGGCGCGAGACCGGGGAACGGGACUGGUGUGACCCCUCUACAGACCGCCGUCCAGGGUAACAUGGUGGUGGGGUUGAACACGGGAGUUGUGUUGCCUCAUGGAGCCAGGUUCGACCCCGACAGAGAGGGUGCGCCUCUGUGCAGCGGCUCGGAUAAUGACUCGGACUCCGGAGAUGAUGAUGACCCAGUGGGUUCACUCGGGGACAGCAGGAGAGGGGUGAAGCGGGAGAGAGGGGAGAUGGAGGCUGCGGUGACGGGGCAGGAGGUGGGGAUUCCUCCCGGAGGUUACGGCAUGGUGCCCGGAGGGGUCGCCGGGGCAAAGCCAGGGAAGAAAACACGUGGGCGCGUAAAGAUAAAGAUGGAAUUUAUUGACAACAAGUUGAGACGGUACACCACUUUCAGCAAGAGGAAGACUGGUAUUAUGAAAAAGGCCUAUGAACUCUCCACCCUGACGGGAACCCAGGUUCUGCUUCUUGUGGCCAGUGAAACGGGACAUGUCUACACUUUUGCCACUCGCAAACUCCAACCCAUGAUCACAAGUGAAACGGGCAAAGCCCUGAUCCAAACAUGCCUCAACUCGCCGGACUCGCCACCACGCUCUGACCCCUCUACGGACCAGCGCAUGAGUGCUACGGGCUUUGAGGAGACAGACCUCACCUACCAGGUGUCUGAGUCGGAGAGCAUGGGCGACACAAAGGAUACACUUAAGCCGACGUUUACGGUAGCCAGCCUACCAGGCAGUACCAGCAGCACCCAGUGCACAGUGCCCACCACCUCCACCACCAUGCAGGUGAGCAGUGGGCCUUCGUUUCCCAUCACCAACUACCUGGCACCCAUCUCGGCCAGCAGCAACGUCAGCGCCAACGGUACCGUCCUCAAGACCACCGGCGCCUCAGCGGGGGUUAUGCAGCUGCCCGGAGGCUUUACUUUCAUGCCUGCAGGCACUCCUCUCCCCCCCGGCACCCCCACCAUUCCUCUGAGCCAGUUGCAGCAGCACUCCCUGGCCCUCCAGGGGCAGCAUGGUCAGGCCCUGGCCGCCGCCCCACAGCAGGGACAGCAGGCUGUCUUCCGCUUCCCUGCUGCUGUCUCCCUCACAGGCACGGGGGUUCCCCAGCAGCUCCAGGCGAUCCAGGUCCACCCCAACACCCAGUCCACCUCCAACAGUGACAGCAGCCCGGACAUCUCCCACACCUCCACAAACUCCACCGCAACAGUGAGUCUCCCAGCAACCAUCGUCACCUCGUCAGUGCCAACGUCUGUUGCGGGUCACAUGAUGUACCCCAGCCCCCACACAGUGAUGUACGCCUCCACGCCGGGGCUGGCUGACGGGGGGCUGGCCGUGCUCAACGCCUUCUCCCAGGGCACCUCAGCCAUGCAGGUUUCCCACGCACAGGCCCAAGACACAGGUUCUGUCCCUCAGGUGUUCCUCACAGCACCUCCAGGCACGGUGCAGAUCCCCGUCUCAGCGGUGCAGCUACACCCAGUACGGCAAGAUCUGCAUUUUACAAAUGGUGAUUGGCCAGCAGUCGAGCGGCAGCAGCAGUAACCUGACGGAGCUCCAGGUGGUCAACCUGGACGCAGCACAGAACUCAAAGGGCGACUGACAGACGGCUGGAGCUGUUGAACACGGCAGACCCAGGGACACACAGACAGACAGACUUACUGACAUCUCUAUUUAUUGAUGCCUUCCUACAGAGUUUCACAUCACACUUCUGAAUGUGACUUUAAAGUACAUACAGUAUAUACACACACACACAAUCAAGGGCAUAUGUGUGGCUGACCCUUAUACAGUAUGUUUUGGUAUAUAUAAAUAUAUAUAUAUAUAUAUAUAUAUAUAUUCGCAGAUGCAUAGGAAAGAUAUCACAACAUCCAUCAUCGGAAGCUAUUUUCUAUGCCGUUAGAUGGUGUUAUUAUUUUUGUGUGUGUGCGUGUGUUUUUUUUUUUUUUUUUGAAAUGUGUAAUUACAUGUACACACACACUGCGAGGUGCCACAGCUUCACACCAGCCAAAGAGACAUUUGUUUGUCUGAAUGUUCCAGUGUGAGCAAACUUGUGCACAAGCGUGUGUCUGUGUGUGCGCGCAUAUCUGGGGGUUUGUAAAUUGGCGGGGAGACGCUUAAUGACUUAUUAAAAAAAGAGAGAGAGAGAGAGAGAGACAUUUGGAAAUGUACAUAGUUUUUUUUUUUUUUUAAAUUGAUAACUUGUAUUUUUAGCCUGGUUUAGUUUGUGAGAUGGCAUGUAGUUGUUUUUUACGUAGUGGUUUUGUAUGUACAUGGAAAUGAUUUGCAUAAAGAAGAUGAAUUAUUUACAUGUAUAUGUAAAUUAAUUUAUACACCAUCAUAUGUUGAUAUACUGUCAUGCUGUCGGGAGUUUUCACUACAAGAUGGAGAAAGAACGCUGGAUGUUUUCUUUUUUAUUGUGACAUUUGUAACAGGAUCUAUUAGCGCGGUCACAACAUGUAAAACAUAAGAUAUUUAUGAUUUACUGUUCACAUAUUCUUUACUUUGCUGGGAAGGUUUCAGUGCAACAGCUGAUGGCAAGAUCAUUCAGUGUGACAUCAUCAGUUUUGCAUGUGAGGUUUUUCUAAUGAAACCCUGAUCUGGCACUUUCUUUGUGUGGAAACUUAAAAACGAUGACAAUCUGAUGGGAAUGAUUUUGUUAUCUCAGCCUUUAGCAUAAUGCUAUCUAUAUUUUCAUCUGUGGUCACACACGGAAAUAUAAAGGUGAUAUUUCAGUGACUUCAGACUUGAGUUUGUUCACUUAUUUUAAAUGCCACGACUUGAUUCUUCUGAGAGUGCCAAACAGGUUUUCAUGACAUCAGAUGAAUUUUGUUGUUUAAAAAACGAUCAUUGUACACCUGUCGCUCUGAUCUGCCUCCACUUGGCUGCAGAACUUCAAUUAUGUGAUGCCAUUACUGACCUGAGUCAGGGCAUAGGACACAGAUUUCUUGUUUAACAAGAGACUGUAUAUUACUUGGCAAUUCCUCUUCAAUAGAGUGCUGCAGGGGUGAUGUUAUUUUUUUAGGCCGAUGUGGAAGUUAGCUACGCCCUGGUCCCCUUCUUUCAGAGCCUGUGGGAUUUUUUUUUUUCAUUUUGGAUUACUGCAGGAUUAUGAUACCUACAGGUUUUGAUCAGCAAGAUGAUGUUUACAAAUUAACACCACUUUUAUUACUUUUGAAGCAUAAAUGCAAUCACCAGAACUGAAAAGCUAGCAUUAGGCUAUAUAUGAUGUUCUGUAGUCUCAUUUAGCCACCUGUUAGCAACCAUCUUUUUUACGACACAUAAAAGCUUCAAAAUUCAUAAAUGGGGUAUUGAUUGAUGUAUUUUACAUCUUAGAACAAAACGUUAGUCUCUUAGGCUUGUGUUAAGCACAGACCUUAUUUCAGGCAUCUAACUAAACCCCAUUCAAAUAACCUGUUGACUUUGAGACGAGGGAACUGGGAGGGCUAAAAUGCUAACUCAUUUCCGGGUUUUGGGGCUCACUCUUGCACCACUCUAAACUCCACUUGAAUACUGAAUCAAAGCAUUAUUGUUUCCUUGUAUGGAAGCCCUCAAUGUUAUUCAGUGUGGUCUCACUGCUGUGCUAUUACAACAGUAUGGAUAUUUUUGUACGAACAAGGAUCUCUUAUUUAGGAAAAGUAACUUCAGGUGCUUUAAAAUAUUAAUAUACUCCUUUAUCUACAACUGUAAGACCCUAGCUGACUGCAACCUCAGUUUGUACCUCAGCAAUCAUUGAGAAUGAGAGUUAUUAGACUGAGAGCCUUCUUUCUGCACCAUAGUGCCUCUUUUCCAUGGCUGAUUUCUAAAUCACUGCUAGACAAGGGAAAUGUAGGAUUGACUUAUUUCCAGACCACCUCACCUGACUUUUCAUACUCUGCCGUGCCCAGAGAGCAAGAUUUUUGACUCAUUUCUGCGGUAUUAGGUGGAUGACUGAGCACGUUGGCUUAAAGCCAAAGAGAAUGUGACAGAGGAUAAAGUAACCGUGCUGACUGCUGUUCAGUUUUUCACUGGCAUGAGAGGUCAUUUUCAUGCUCUGUGUUCUCUGGUCUGUUCCUGUGCAUGAUGUCAUGUCAUCCUGCAGGGUUGUUUUGCAUAGGAACUUUACAGGUUAAAGACAUUCAAUUCCCCUGUAUUAUGUGGUGGGUUUUUUUUUUCUUUUUUUCAAAAAUAUUAUUUUAAAAAGGGGGAUUAUUGAACAGAAUUUGUGGUUUUCACCUUGUCGUUGAAAGAAAUGGUUAUUUUGUGUAUUUUUGUUUUGUUGUACAGACAUUUUGUAAUAAAAACAAGAUGAAACACAGUGA